UCCGGAUUAGUCUGCCUAACUUAAAAAAAAAUCUCUCCAUUCUUCUUUACCAUGUAAACCAACGGCCCACUUCAGCUUCCCUCUUCCCGUUCCCGUUCACCGUACCGUCGUUAAAUAUUCCUCCCAUGGCGUCGCCCGGCCUCACCGAUCUCGCCGGAGCUGAUGGAUCCGAAUCUAAUUCCUCCCUCUUUCCACCUGGAGGCGAAGGCGACUCGGCCACUCCCAAGUACGAUCAGCCGCUCCUCAAACCCGACUCCUCCCCCACCGCUGCCUUGGCCUCCGCCGCGGUACCGAUUUCUUCCGAGGAGUUGGAUAGGAAGUAUGCCCCCUACGUGCGAAGGGACGCCUACGGCACGAUGGGAAGGGAGAAGCUCCCUCUGACGGAGAAGAUUUUGUUAGGGAUAGCGGCGGUGACGCUGGUGCCCAUUCGCGUGGUUGCAGGGGUGCUGAUACUUGUGUUUUACUAUCUUAUCUGCCGGAUAUGCACGUUAUUCUCCCCUCCGAGUCGGGAGAAUGGCCAGGAGGAUUACGCUCACAUGACUGGGUGGAGGAGGGAGGUGAUUGUGCGAUGCGGGAGAUUUGCCUCUAGGGCAAUGCUCUUCGCGUUUGGUUUUUACUGGAUCAAAGAGAGUCGUCGGGGCCUUGGUAACGAGGUCAAUGAAUUUGAAAGACCAGGUGCCAUUGUUUCAAAUCACAUUUCUUAUGUGGAUAUUCUCUAUCAUAUGUCAUCAGCCUUUCCAAGUUUUGUUGCAAAGAGAUCAGUAGCUAGUCUUCCCUUGGUUGGUCUCAUCAGCAAGUGUCUUGGUUGUGUCUAUGUUCAACGGGAGUCCAAGUCAUCUGAUUUGAAAGGGGUUUCAGGUAUUGUCACAGAAAGAAUCCAGAAAUCCCACAAAGACUAUCUUUGCCCAAUGAUGUUGCUCUUUCCAGAGGGAACUACUACAAAUGGUGAUUUUCUUCUUCCUUUCAAAUCUGGUGCCUUCUUAGCCAAAGCACCCGUGGUUCCAGUUAUUCUUCGGUAUCCUUACCAUAGAUUUAGUCCGGCAUGGGAUUCCAUAUCAGGGGUACGCCAUGUUUGUUUGCUUCUUUGCCAAUUUGUAAACCAUCUUGAAGUGAUCCAUUUGCCUGUUUAUUAUCCUUCCGAGCAAGAAAAGGAGGAUCCCAAACUCUACGCUAACAAUGUGCGGAAGUUAAUGGCAACUGAGGGAAAUCUAAUGCUUUCAGAUGUUGGACUUGCCGAGAAACGAAUCUACCUUGCUAUUCUGAAUGCCCUCAAAAAAAAUGCUCGACGUAAAAAAUCACGGUGGCUAUUUUCCCCCCUUCAUAUUUAGGUUUUUUUUGUCUUCUUCUUGUUGUUGUUGUUUUUGGUUGUAGUGAUAACUUUGUAUUAGCCAUUUACUUAACAAUUUUAUUUUGAGUACAAGGAAAAGUUCACAGAAAUGAUAAAUAUGGAGAUUAGCUGAGAUG